GCAAAAGAAAGCAUAGCUCUCUUUCUCUCAGCCCUGUAAAGGUUCUUCAAGGAUGAUAGCGAUACUAUCGAUAUUCUUGGUCGUUCUAUUUGCUCCCGGCCAUGUCCACUCCAAGUGUAUAGCGGGCGAGCUGUGCUGGCCAGACGCACAGACCUGGGCAUCCUUCAAUCGCUCCGUGGGAGGGAGAAUGAUCAGCGUGGCCCCUCCAGCAUCGCCAUGCCAUGAUCCAAACUACGACGAGCGAGCCUGCAACGCCGUGAGGAGCGGCUGGAACAGUCCGUUCUGGAGGACCGAUCAACCGGGUGCAUUGCAACGGACGAGCUGGGAAUCGUUUGGGGAGCAGCGCUGCCUGAUCUCCUCCAACAGGACCGCCGCUUGCUUCCAGGGCGCGGUCCCGAUCUACGCGGUCAACGUUACUCGGGCGGCCCACGUCCAAGAGGCCGUCAAGUUUGCGUCCCGGCACGACUUGCGCAUCGUGAUACGAAACACGGGGCAUGACUUCCUCGGGCGGAGCACGGCGGUGGGAGCUCUCAGCAUUUGGGUGCACCACCUCCAGAAGAUCCAGUUCCACGAGAGCUUCAAAUGCGGCCGUGGUAGCGACCGUGGCUACUCGGCAGUGACGGUGGGAGCUGGAAUUCAGUGGGAGGAGCUCUAUCGGCAAGCGUAUCAACGAAAGAUGAUCCUGGCUGGCGGGGGAUGUUCCUCGGUUGGAGCAGCCGGCGGAUACCCUCAAGGUGGCGGCCAAAGUUUCCUUUCCCCGCUAAUUGGCUUGAGCGCCGAUAACGUUCUCGAGUACGAGGUGGUGACCGCGGAUGGUAGGCUUGUCAAAGCAAAUGCAUGCCAAAACACGGACUUGUUCUGGGCUCUCCGGGGUGGCGGCGGAGGAACAUUCGGAGUUGUGCUCUCGGCGACGCACAGGACUUUUCCAGCUCUUCACACCCUCGUCUUCGCUCCUCACAACUUCAGCGCCCCCGAUACCACCACCUUUCAGGGGCUGCUCACUCUGUUUACGAGGUUGAAUCCCUCUCUGUCCGAUGCCGGCUGGUCUGGCUACUUCUUCUCGACAAGCCAGAGCCUGACGCUAACGUUCCUGCUGCCCAACCGGAACGUCUCGUAUGCUUCCGCCACCUUGGCCCCGCUGCUAUCGUACGCGCGGGAGAACAACAUCCGGAUCGACGGGAGCUUGGAGACGUAUGCCUCGUACUGGGACUGGCACUUGCAGUUUCAAUGUGGAGGGCAGGAAUCGUGCUUGGGCCUCAACAACUUGGGAGUCUCGGAUGUCUUCGCAACGAGGCUGAUCCCGAGAUCGCUCUUCAACCACGAACAAGACCUCCUCCCAAAGGCCAUGAUGCGCGUCAUGACCGAGCUGCAAGUUCCAGCUACAUAUGCGAUCCUGGGGGGCGGAAAAGUGCGAGAACCCCAAGACAGCGCUGUGAAUCCGGCGUAUCGCGACGGACUGUGGCUGCUCGUAUCGCCCCUGACUUGGCGGGACAAUGCGACGGUGGCGGAGAUGAGGGCUGCUGCGAAUCUAGUGUCGCAGGCGAACAAGCUCUUCAUCGAUCUCACGCCGGGCUCCGGGACUUACGUGAACGAGGCCGAUUACAACGAGCCCAAUUGGCAACAAUCCUUCUUUGGGAAGAACUAUCCUCGCCUGUACCACAUCAAGCGCAGGGUCGAUCCUAUCAAUCUCUUUACGUGCCAUCACUGCGUGGGUAGCGAAUUCAACUGAGAAUCCAGUGAAAAACAUAGCGAUUCCAUACAAAUGUUGAAAUGUUACAGUACCGAUUCAUUGAUUCAAAAAUGAAAAUCUAGGGUUCUUGAGAUGGGGCUCCUUGGUUUCGUUCUUGGGCUCUGAAUUGCCACUCUAGCAGCUGCCAAGACGGUGAAGCGAGACGUCAAGGCAUUGAACGAGCUCAAGGCAGCUGGAGGAUGGAAGGUUAUGUAUGCUGGAAUGGGGAGGAUCCCUAUGGGGAUGGAGACGCGGCAUUGUGGCCGGGAAUCACUUGUUCCUCCCCAAAUGCCGAUGGCCACGGAAUUGGAGCUCUUUCAAGUGUCGAUCAUUGGAACGUUCCCGAUCAUUUCCUGGAUCUCAGGAAACUGUGGGUUGGGACUUGCAUGGCAACAAACUCACCGGACCGAUUCCUCCUCAAAUAGGACAGCUGGAGAACCUUGUAACCCUGUGAGAGGAAGGGAAUUCCUGCGAGAUGACGGAGGUGUCCAGGGAGGGGCAAUCCAUGUAGGCGGCUUAAGGCGCAGGAAAUAUAUCCUUAAGGCAUAGACAAGAGCAAGUAAGACCCCAUAAUCGUGAAUGUCUAAAAUUUGAGAAGCAAAUAGCCCUUGGCAAUUAUAUGCUUGCUUCGGUUUAAUUAAUGUGGACCAAACUUUGUUGAAUAAAAAAAUUUUACGUUUC